AUGUGGCUAGUCAACAGGAAUCUUUCAACACCAGAUAAAUUACAAGAUGCUCUUGCUCAUGUCAAUGGAGAUGCGUUAUUCUAUACCUACUUUACCUUACAUCAUAGCGAUAGUCAGCAACUUGAUUUAAUUGUUCGUAUUUGGGCCGAAAUUGUCGAUACGCGCUAUCUACUUAUAGAAUGGAUCGUCGAUUUAAAGGGACUAAUAUAUAUUGGAGAACAUCUCCAUAAAGAUGGAAAACCGUACGAACAGAAUUCUGUUAUCUUUGGAAUGUUAGAGGGUUACUAUACAGCACCAGCGACGCAAGUUCGCACAUCCUACACAGCAGCUUGUUUAGAUCGGAUUCGGACGUCUUGCAAGGCAAUUCUUCAAACGAAAGAUAAAAUAAAAAAGUUACAGGAUACAAUACAUGACUUAAUGGCUAAAAAGAAAUAUAAAACAGAUAUUCUAAGUCAGAUAGAAGCCGUGAAAUUUCGAAAAUCUCUGCUGCAGGAUGAAUUGAAAAAUCAACUAGAGGAAAAUAAACUAGAACAAGAUAUUAACGAAAGGACUACGAAGGAAUUAAGAAAUAGAGUUGCCCAUUUCGAAAACAGCAAACAAAAUUAUAAUAAACUUAAAUCGGAACUUUUGAAAAGGCAAAAACUUCAUCUUGAAAGAGAAGAUUUUUUAAGUAAACUUGAAAAUAGUUUACUUAAACGGAGGAGGCAACUUGCUUCCGAUUUAUCUUUCAUUUAUCCUAUCUGUGAGGACGCUCCUGGUGAACACAGUAUCUGUGGGGCAAAACUUCCUAUUGCUGGUAAUGCUUGCAACGACAACAUGCUAUCAGUCAGUCUAGGCUAUACAUGCCACAUGUUAAUCAUCUUAUCUCAGCUACUCGACUUACCUCUGCGCUAUCAAAUGAUCUACUAUGGCUCCAAGUCAACAAUCGCUGAUUAUAUCAAUAGCCAAUUACAAAAGGAGAAAGUCUUUCCUCUUCACUGCAGGAAAAAUAAAGACAGUUUUAGUUUUAAAUAUGCUAUGUACCUCCUAAAUAUGAACAUUGCCCAGAUUCGUUUCUAUUGCCAUCUAGCUACGGUGGAUCCUCGUCAAUCUUUAGCUAAUCUAAAAAAUUUGCUAGAAACUGAAUUAGGUGUUUUAAUUGUCAGAGACGUGAGCAACAUUCCAGGUUUAAUUUCAUCUGAAGCUCCCAACUUUAGCAAUUUAUCCAUAAAUUCAACAACACAGAAUUCUGGUAAUGAGGACGAAGGUGUACAAGAUAAAUCAUCUACUUCCAAUGACAUGCUAGCAGAAGAAAAGACAAACUCUAGAGAGCCAACAAAUGCUGAUAGCUACGAUAUAAAAUAUUCUGAUAAUGGAACUACAGAAAAUGGAGAUUACGAUAAUGAAAAUACAUCAGCAAAUGGACUAUUUGAUGUUGAUGAUUUACAGUGCAUCAGUGAAGAACCGGCCAUUGAUAACGAUUUAAUCAAUAGUAAUAUUAAGCAAUUCGAUUCAGUUAAUAGUCUUCCAAUAUCUGAUAUCAGCGAUGAUAAUCCAUUUGAUGAAAUACGAAAGAUAGCUGCCGAAAAUGUUACCCUUCGACGUAAAAAUCGUACGCCGAAAUAUUUAUCGUCUGAUAUAAAUCUUGACCUAGGAUUAUUCGAUGAUGAUUCAUCGCAAGAUAUCACAAAGUUACUCGAAGAUGCAGAAAACGCUUCUAAUGCCGUUGAAGUAUUAGAAUCUGAUAAUGACAAACAUCAAAUUAUAAACGAAACUAAUGUAUUCGAUGAAAGCCGUGAAAUCGCCCAUUAG